AUGCUGACAAAUGCUGAUGACGCAAGCGAUAUAAACGGCUCUUGGCGCCCCACUCUCCCGCCACAACUCUUUCUUUCCUUCGCCACCACCACCAUGUCCAGCUCCCGUCCAGACAGACUCCCUCCUGCCACCCAGCCAAUUCCUAUCGCUGGCAAACCCCGUCCGCGGUCGAUGUCAGUGUCGUCUAGCGACUCACGCUCUACUGGCUCUCCUAGCUCGCCCACAACUCCCCCUUCUGUCUCUCCGUCGACCAGAAUCAACAUCCCUUCGCCAGCAUCGUCGCCCAUCUUGUCGUAUUUCCUCGCCCAAUCGCCCACCAAGACACCUGGUUCGUUCCCUUUCCGCAAGUUUGGCGCCGCACCACCAAUGGUCUUUGAAGAAGACGAAAGCGAUAUCAAAGAAGUCUCCGCUACCCACCAUGCGCGUCGUGCGAGCACCGCAGUUGCCGAGCGUCUGGCCCAGCCAGGCAACCCCUCUCUUCCUGAUGCCCACCAUGAGCGUGGCCAAGGCGUCAUGCGUCGUCUUUCCCUCAGCGGUGCUUUCAUGAGCCCCGACCCCACGAAACGCUCUCGCUCCCCACCCACUGUCCCACCCAACUCUGCCGUCAGCCCUACUCAAAGUCUGCCCUUCGGUCGUGACAACACCCUGCCUCGCCGCUCCGCCACGUUGAGCGCAGGAGAAGGCAGACCCCGUCGUGCCCCUUCCCCUAUGGGCGAACGCAUUCUCAAGGGUCAUUUUGACGGGUUCAAUUGA